AUGGACACAACUAAUCAUUCUGAGCAAAGCGGAAACAGAACGGUAUUGCCACAUCAAUCAUAUUUGGUGGGUACAGAAAGUAAUGUAGAAAACGGUGCUCCCUUGAACAACAACAAAAAUCAUCCAGAUGAGGAAAGUAGAAAGAGACCAAAAUUGAGUGAAGAUGAAGGACAAAUAGCAAAACGAACUACAGUUUUAAGCGAGAAAGCUUCUGGAAAAGCAUUCCCUUCGUUUAACAAGCUUCCUCUACUUGAAUUGCUCUCAGAAUAUUUCCCGAAUCGUCGUCACCUCGGUACGCUAGUGUACAACCCAACAACUACUUGGUCAACUCUCCAAUCAGAGAAACUCAUUGGGAUUAAACCAGAGCAUGUAGAAAUGUUUAUAGAUUUAAAAGAACGUUAUAUAGAAAAAUUGGAGGAUAAAGAAUUCUUGGCAGAAACCAAGUAUAUUCCGGUGAUCCCUCCUUUGCCAGUGGAGUAUUCCAAUUCAUACCUUGAGAUAAAGAUACCGAACAGGUACUUGAAAGAGGCACGGGAGAGUAAAGAAAGAAGUAUUUGGGGUGGGAAUGGAGGAAUAUAUACGGACGAUUCAGAUGUAUUGACAGUGUUGAAGCAUCAAGGACUUUUCGAUGGGACAAUUGAUUUAUCUGUAUGGAAUGAUGGUUGGACAGCUAAAGAUAUCGUAAGGCCCGGUGCUAAGGAUAUCGACUCAGAUUCAAACUCCGAUGCAGAGUCGUACGAUGUUUCAGCUACAUUAUUACUCUUACCACCUUUGCUGUCUUAUGGAGGAUACUAUGCCAAUGGAGUUAACCCAAGAUCAUGGAAUAAACUGCGUAGAAAGCAUAAUGGAAUUUCGUACGUGGUUUAUGACGUGAAGUGGGAGUCCCGUGGGACAUAUUUGAACGAUAAGAACGUAUUCAGGGAGGCUAUACUAGAGGACUUACAAGCUGGCAAAACGGUCAAGCGUGAGAUGAGCGAGAAAGACGGAUGGAGGUUUAAUGUGGGGUAUUUUCAAGAAUUGAAGAAAAAGUACGAUCUGUUGAAUGGAGAUAAACAGGAAACGGUCCCAGAAGAGAAGCAUGAGGUUGUAGCUGAGCCCGUUGCAGCCGCUCCAACCGUGCCAACCUAUACCCCAGAAAACCAAUAA